UUGUCUGUGUGUGUCUGACCCCAUCUGGGAUGGUCAGAGAGGGCCAAAUAAAAGGCAGCUGUGGGGCCUGGUGCUCACAGUGUUCUGUGCUGAGCUGUGGUGGUGCAGCCAUAUGGGAUGGCUCUGUGGGCUCUGCAGCAAUAUGAGUGUGAGGGGUUGGUGUGCAAAAACCCGACCUCUCAGCCCGGAAGCCCUCAGGGCAGGAUGGCCCCGUGGUGGCUGCGAUUCCUGGUUCCCUUCCUGGAGGUGCAGCCAUCUGAAUCAACACGUCACCGUGUGGCAGUGGCCGCUCCCUGCUGCGGCUCCGCAGCCCUGGGCCAGGUGAGCUGAGAGCUCCGGGUGGGGAUGACGACGCUGACACAUCGGGGAUGGCGUGGGGACAAAAGGGCUGAGCCUGAGGAGGACGUGGCUGCAGACAAGGAGCUGCCUGAUGAUGACUCUGACAACUCCAAAGCCCCCCGCCUCACACUGAUGGAGGAGGUGCUGCUCCUGGGGCUGCAGGACAAGGAGGGCUACCCAUCCUUCUGGAAUGACUGCCUGUCCCCUGGUCUGCGUGGUGGGAUCCUCAUCGAGCUGGCGCUGCGGGGCCGCAUCCAUCUGGAGCCACUCACAGCCAGGAAGAAGCGGCUGCUGGACAGGAAGGUGCUGCUGAAGUCGGCGGCUCCCACUGGUGAUGUCCUCCUGGAUGAGACCCUCCGGCACAUCAAAGCUGCUGAGUCCAUUGAAACGGUGCAGACCUGGAUAGAGCUGCUCACAGGUGAGACCUGGAACCCCUUCAAGCUGCAAUAUCAGCUGCGGAACGUCCGUGAGCACGUCGCCAAGGGGCUGGUGGAGAAAGGGAUCCUGACCACGGGCAAGCAGAGCUUCCUGCUCUUCGACAUGACCACACACCCCGUGUGUGACACCACGGAGAAGCAGCGCCUGCUGAGGAAGCUGCAGAGCAGCCUGUUGGAACGUUGGACUGGAGACGUGCGCCGCAUGGAGCGCAGGCUGCUGGCGCUGCUGGUGCUGGCCCACACCUCGGAUGUGCUGGAAAAGGCUUUGGGAGGCCUGGAGGACACGCAGUAUGAGCUGGCCAUGAGCAGAGCCAAGGAUGUGCUGGAGGCUGACACGGAGCUGGAGGCGGCUCAGGGCAGAGGGACAGAGGUGAUCUGGGCUGUGCUGGCUGCGCUCAGCAGGGCUUAGGGGUUAUGGGGGCACCAUUCAGCAGGGCUUAGGGGCUAUGGGGACACCAUUCAGCAGGGCUUAGGUGUUAUGGGGGCACCAUUCAGCAGGGCUUAGGGGUAUGGGGGCACCAUUCAGCAGGGCUUAGGGGUUAAUGGGGGGCACCAUUCACCAGGGCUUAGGGGUUAUGGGGGCACCAUUCAGCAGGGCUUAGUUGUUAUGGGGGUACCAUUCAGCAGGGCUUAGGGGUUAUGGGGGCACCAUUCAGCAGGGCUUAGGGGUUAUGGGGGCACCAUUCAGCAGGGCUUAGGGACUAUGGGGGCACCAUUCAGCAGGGCUUAGGGGUUAUGGGGGCACCAUUCAGCAAGGCUUAGGGGCUAUGGGGGCACCAUUCAGCAGGGCUUAGGGGCUAUGGGGGCACAGGGGUUGAUUGAGGGCUGUGGGUCCAUGUGUGGAGCUGCUCCCCUGGGAAGGGUCUGGAGCCCCUCGGGGGCUGCAUGCAGAGCCCCUAGGUUAGGGUUAGGGUUUGGGUUUUGGUUAGGAUUAGUGUUAGGGUUAGGGUUAGGGUUGG